AUGGUCGUGAGCCGGACGAGAUGGGAAACUGUGGCUGUGAACACUUUCCCGCCACCUAUGGGUGCCAGACAAGGAGCUCAGGUGAGAAUGGACAUCAGAAUCCAGAAAAUCUUCAUUUACUUAAUCAUUCACUUAGUUAGCAAAAAAAGCACUAUAUUUAAUAAGUCCUUUCAACACGCAUUCUCCCAGAAAAGAUUUUUUUACGGUGUUUUUUUCUACAGUAAGCCUGAAAGUGGGCGGAGCCUAAUAAAAACCUGGUUCUAAAUUUUUCAAGAGGUUGUUCACUAUCUAUGAUAGCAAGAAGAGCUCUCAGGAACAAAGAUGAACUUUUUGUACCAUCGGUUAAUCGAAAAUCUCGGAGAACGAUUAAAAUCGUUCUUUUUUUAAAAAAAUUGACCUUUUAACUUUUUAUUUCUCAACACAAUAUUAAACUUAUUGAUUAUUUUUCUGUUAAAUGUAAAGGACCUCAAAAUUCUUCGCCAUCAUUCGAACAUGUCAUUUUGAAAAUCUGCAAUUACAUAUUCCUUUUGAAAGUGUGCAGACUUGACCUUGACUUUAGUGGUAAUCGUUGUUUGAACAGAUGUUCGCGGAGUCUUUUGUUCGAUUUUAGGGCCGGACCAGAUGGAAAUAUUCAGAAAUCUAGGGGAACUGUUUUAUAAGACACUGAGAGAGAGUUUUCUGAAAAAAAGUGGAAUUUGAAAAACUUAUGUGUUCUUUUCAAGUCUAAAAGGUUAGCGCAGAGAAAAAAAAUCUUUAUAUUUGUAGUUUUUAAGCAGAACAUUUUUCGAUUUAUAUAUUUUUGGCAUGAUUCGUUCAAAAGUAGAAGGAAAAAAACCAGACUUCCUUCUAAAAAUAUUUUUUUGAAUAAAAAAAGCAGCCUUUCAGUUUUAGUAUUCAAUUUUUUUCUAUUUGAAUUAAUCUUUCUAUAAGAAUAUUUCAAAUAGUUUUUUUGGAUGAAGGUCUUUCAAAAAGUACAAAAUUCUUUUAAACUAACAUAGCCUCUUUUUGUAAGGAACUUUCGAAAGUCAUUAUUUCACUCAAGUAGAAAUGUUCAGUUCGAAAGCGAGAGCACCGAGUCGGGCCAGGAGAGCGACCUGCAGACGCCCCAGAACUGCCGGCCUCCGAACGAGCUUCACCACGCCGGAGAUGACGUCGACGACGCCUUGGCCUCUGCUUUCGUCCCUCUCGACGGCCUCGAGGCCAAGUUCGUCAAGUGCGAGGCCUUCGCCACCUACGGAUACAUGAGCCAUGUCAGUCUAGACUCCCCUUCCAGUCAAAUCUAACUAUUCUCCAGGCAGUAGCAAUCUCUCUGAAGCUCAACCAGUGCUUGAUCGACAGCUUGAACGAAAAAUCGCAGGAAAUUUCCAAACAGAUACAGGUUUUUGAUGGACUUUUUUGGGCAAGAGUUUUAGUUUUUUACAGAAAGCAGGCAAUUUUGAACUUAGUCUAACCUUUUAAAGUGUUUUAUUUUUAUUAUAUAUCCAUGUUAGGGAUUUAUGAGCAAUCGAAGUGUCGACUUUAGGGUUUCGCUUUAAAACAAACUAGAGAACCAUAUACACCUAGCAAUCAUUCAAUCGUCACUAGUUCCAUAGUUUUUUUUCGAAAUUUAUACACUCAAUCCAUUUAACCGUGUGCUUUUUUCCCAGAGAGACUGGAUACCGUUCCCGGCAUCCUGCGCCACUCCAGCAGAUUCGAUCGCGUCUUACGCCUCAGAAAUGCACGCUAAAUGCCACAAUUUCUUGUCGGUUCUCGAAAAGAUCCUGUACAUGACUCAUGUAAUUAUUCAACGAUGAAUUUCUUUUAUUAUCGAAAAUUUUCAAGGUCCUCCGCGCGGGCGGAUGUCAUAACGAGCUGUUCAAGUUCAUCAUAGACACUUUGAAAGUUCCGAAGUUUCCCGUUGAUCAACAAGUUCCAGCAGAUCAAGUUGUACUACUAUGUUAGUUUUGGUUUUGUAAAAUUGAAUGUGUUCAACAAUGUCAGUUUAUUUUGUUCGUAGCAGAAAGAGAAGAACUUUCACUCAAGAAAAAGUUACUUAAGGAAACGAACCCAAAAUUUUAAAUAUUGUCAUCUUAAUGUUCCUUCUUGGCCCAUUUUUGAGAAUAUCGCGAGUUUUUGAAACUGCAUUUCAACCCCUUUUCUUGAGGAAGACGAGCUCGUGACGCUGCUCCAGCACCAACAGUUCGCAGUCGGACCAAAGGAACUGUGUCAACUCCGACCCCUGGCCAACCAUCUCAUCGCGAACGGCGACGGCCGUCUCGGAGACGUUCCCUCGGUCGCCUUGGCCCAGUACGUCUCCGACGCCCUCCACCUCAACUACAUACAGGAAGACGACGAGGAGGCCAAUUCGUAAGUAUCAGAGAAAAAUUCGAAAAGGUCUUGUGGAAAAUAAUCUUUCAAUCAAUAAUAAUUGUUUUAUCACAGAUUAAUGUGAACCCCAACUAGUUCACUUUGAUCAACAUUUUAGAAAAGACACGAUAAAUUACAUUGCAACAGAAAGAUUCAACAAAAAAUUUGGCAUUUCUGAUUUGCUUCAAAUUUCUGACGGAGUUUUAAUGCUCAAAUUUAAAUUUUUUUCAAAACUUACCGCUUUCUAUGAAAAUCUCACUAUUUUUUGACAAACAAAACAUAAAAGACAGACCUCUUUUUGCAGAACAAAGACGAAAAAAGAGGUCGAUGAAGACUUGGCGCUUCAAGUCUCCUUGACCGUCCUGGGAGCCACGCCCACCUUCACCGAAAUCUGCUAUCCGAUGCAUUUUGAGGCUGUCCGACGACGGAAAGGCGACCUCGCCGUCAUGCUCUUCUCAAAGUUCGUAACCACCAAACUUGAACAAAUUUGGAAUCAUGGAUAUUGAUUGACAUUUAUUCAAAGGUUCAAAGACUCGCACGAGAAACUUGGCCUGAUCCUCGACAAAUUACUGGAUCCUAGUCUCCAUCGGAUGUACUCGUGAGUUUUUUCACAAUAUCUGGAAGAAAAAAUAGUAAUAAUCAUUUAGUUGGCACCAAUCCAACGCCGCCUACUUUCUAGAACGCGACACAAAUUAUUGUAAAUUUGGACAGAGGGGACAACGGCCAAAGUACCCUUAUCAGCAGUCGAGGUAACUUGCAAAAUAAGAAAGAAAAUCAACGAAACAUUAUAGAUGUGACGAAAGCAAAGAUCAAGUUGCCAUGGAGCAACAAAUGGAAUCUUUGAGCUUCGAAAGACCGGCUCCGGUGGCUCCAAGACCGAUGUUAGUGUUAGUUUAGGGAGUCUAACAGCAAAAAUAAUGCAGUUUGAGUAUACUUUUGAUCCGUGUUUGAAUGAGGAAUGUGCGAAUUUCGCCGUAAUUUUUAACAUUGAAAGAAACUGAGUGCUUUUUUGUUUUUUCAUUUGAGCUCAUAUAAUGCUCACUUCUGCUCACACGACUUUUUGAAUCAAAUCAAAUCUGACGAAAUCAUCAUUUUUGCAUCUUCAGAGUGGUUACGAUGGAAUCUCAAUUUUUUUAACAAACUUAUCGUUUAUAUUAUUAAAUUUACUCUGACUUGAUCUUUUAGACGAAGGUUUAGGCUCCGAAAAUUCUCAAGCUCGUAGAAUUUUCUAUUUUUCUAGAAUAAAAUUUUAGCUUUUAGGCCAAUCUUAAAAGUGAAUUCAAAAGAAACAAGCUUUCGAAAAUUGUAUUUUAGUCGAAUGUUCUGAAAUCAAAAAGAUGUCUUCCGAAUCGUUUCCCUUUCAACUUCCACUCUUAUUCCGAGUGCUUUGUCAAUCCUUUGGUUUCUCCAGAUUCCGAAGAGCUGAACGAAUGUCGGACGAGGGCCGAGAAAGCCUUCGGAGCACGUCUUCAAGCGAAUCUUCUGCGGAGGCCUACCGUCUGCCGAUGCCCAGCACCUCUCAAGAAGGCCGACGCGUCGUCAAAAUGCCGUUACCCGAGAUCAUGCCCGUCUUCUCGUUCAACUCCUUGCCGUUCACCGGACUCACUCAGACCAACUCGAGAACCGCUCAGAACCAGGCCACCAACUUGUCCAAUGAAAUGCCUGAACGGAGAGCGUAUGGCGGGAAACGACAAAAGUGAGUUUACAAUCGUCGGUCCUAUCAAGAGUGAAAAAAACUUCCAACCUGGAAAAGUUACGUUAGUUUGAGCUCAAUAGAAGUAUCAUUUUUAGAAUACGAGUCGCUAAAAAACUUCGUUUAAUCUUUCGGUUUCUGUUGUCUUUUUCACUUUCAAAAAAGUUCACUUCAGUGUGAAGUUCCGAAUUUUCUCAAAAAUUCCUCAUAAACUCACCGAAACUCUAGAGGAAUAUACUUAUCAAAGAUGUAAAGCCCUGACUAUGCUUUUAGACAUGCUUUUCAUUAACUGAAGAGGUUGAUUUCGAAAAGAAAUGUUUCCAGAAGACGUCAUUACCACGCGCUGAACGCGAAUCUGUCCUCAACUGAAGCUAACGUUCACCAUAUGACGGAGCUCGCCAAACGGGUUCUCAGUGAAGCUGGCGGAAAUCAGAGUUAAAUAUACACUGUGAAACAUGAGUUGCAAACUAUGUUAAGGAGGCGAGGCAGAGAGAAUGCUGCUCUAUUGGCCUUCUUUGGGCGAAACGGCUCACAAAAAGCUUCAACUCUGCGCCAUGAUCAUUGGAAUUUACGCGCUGGGGCUUCACAAUCGGAUAUCUCCCAGUUGGAACACAAGAACUUACAGCACCAGUGUGAGCUGGAUUGUUGGCCAAGCUCAUGAAAUCGGUUUGAUAGAAGGCAGAAGUUGAAGUUACGAAUCUUUUUUUCCAGGUCCAAUGGCUCUGGAGAUGAUCCGCGAGACGUGGACCUCUCAUUUCACGCCUACGGAAGUGUCCGUCAUGGCUGAUAAGGUAGAUUUUCGGUUCGUGGUCAAGCUCUUGGAAGCGACCUAUUUCUUUCAUACAACCACUUAAAGUUCUUAGAUUUUCGAGUUCCUAUUUUUUUCAGAUAUAACCUUUUUUGAUGGGAACAGUAUAAUUUAGAUGCACUCACUCCAAUAUUUCAGGCGAGCCUUUCUCGUGACCAAGCGAUGGUGGAACAAGGGGCUCGACUUGCCUUGAGCGUCCUUCCGUUCGCUCAUUCACUGGCUCCGCAAGAGACCCUGAGAGCUCUGGAGCAGUGUCGAGAUCACGGCUCGACACCCACAGAACAGGCUCUGGCAGCGGUCGAAACGGCUGCCGACAACAACAGAAACGGCGUCUGCGCCGAGGUCCUGUUCCGCGUCGGUCGCAGUUGGGCCGAGAUGAGCAACGAGCCGGAACCGCCCAAGAUCGUCCAGCAGCCCAUGCCGUACCAGCCCUACCACCAGUGUCAUUAUUAUGUAAGAAAUAUUCCGAUUUUUACAGGUGGAAUGAACUAUGACGUCAUAUGAUAGUAUAUGAUAAUAGGCAAGGAAUUUCUCUCAAAAAUCAGAAUUCUUACUUUUCGUGCUCCGUCCGUAGAGCGCAAAUGUUUUCACUUUUGGCUUUUUUUUUGCGAAAAUGAAAGUUUGACUUUUCAUCACUGAUUUUCCAACUUCAGGGUCAAUACGAAAACCAGCAAGCCGUGCCCGUCUACUAUUCUUCGCAGAACUCCGCCGCACAGCCGCCUCAACAAUCUCUGCAACCACCGGCGAACGGACCUCUGAUGUACCUUCCAGUACCGCAGGAUAUGCCUAACCGGCUCCACCAGAGCCAUUCCGCGCCCCAGCUAGGCACCCCAAUGUCGAACCUGCCGCAGACGGCGGAAACACCUCUGAAUCCGAAGCUUCUGAGCGCUCAUCGGUGUGGUAUUCGUGCUUUGGAAAGUAUGCAGAACACUCCAGAUGAUCGGCUUCAGAACGUCAAGUUUGGAAGUGUGAGUUUCGAGAUUCGGGACUUUGAGACAAACGAGAGAUUCCAGACGCCACCGUUCAAUGAAGAAAUUUCGUGGCUUUAUCAAAUCUCGCGUCAACUUGGCCUCUCUCACACGCUCAACUUCUUCAACACCGUUGCUCGGACGAUCCUUUCGCCGUUCAUUCUUCACCGAUUCGCCAUUGAAACUCUCCAGUAUGACUUUCAUGAGCUUUCCGGAUUGUACAGAUCGUUUCCAGAAUGUUCCCCCAACGACCCAUCUGCGCGCCACCGAACAUGCACAUGCAGCAGCCGGCUGUUGCGCAGACCUUCUUGCACCAUGUCCAGCAGCAGAUCAACCACCAACAUCAUCCGAGGCCUUCGGCUGCCAGCAAUGGCGCUACCAAACAAGUGCAAAGCGUCUGUGGCGUGGUGAGCAUUCUGUGAGAGUAUUCGAGAGGUUUUCUGUAGCAACCGGUUUUUCAAAAUAAAAUGUUCCUGAAAUUUCGCGUGUAACUUUAGAAAGUUCAUGACCCGGAUAGAAAUUAAAAUUUGAAAAUUCCUUCUUUUUCGGGUAGCUGUUGAAAAAAGUUUGAAGGAAUGAAGGUUUUUCAAAGCUCAAAAAAUUGUGAGCUUCUUUAUAUAAGAUCUCUCUAAAGUGCAAAUUCUCUUAAACAUACUCGCUAGCAUAGUUUUGUCCAGAAUAGCAUGAAAUCUCGUUUCUUAGCAUAUAAUUUCUCUCAUAACCUUAUCAAACCGAUUUCAGCUCCGCAACCUGUUCAUUCAAAACGGUUUCCAUCAAAUAACGGGGGAUCUGUUCGAAAGGGCAUCUGAAGAAUAUUUCUACGCGGUCGUCCAUAAGAUGAGCCAUCCUCGGUUCAGCAACGGCGACAUGGAGGAGGUUCGUUUCUUCCCAGUCUCCCGGGAUUCCAACUUCAUUUCCAGAUGUGCAACCUGAUUCAAUCCGCUCAUGAGGUCUUUAAAUGGAUCCCAGGACCAGUGGGUCGUCACAUCUUCGACGACUUCAUACGAGUUUUGAAGAAACAAAAAUCCUUCAAAAAAGAAGUUGCCGUCAAAUUGAACGGCUUCUUGGGUCAGCUAUGCUAA